AUGACUUAUAGUCUUCAAAAUUAUAGUUUAUUCUCAGAUGAAGAUCAAAAAUUAACAUUACUAGGACCAGGAAAUGUAAAAAUUCCAACGAAAGAAGAAUUUAAUGCAUUAACAGAAUUUGGACAUAUAAAAGUCAUGUGUUAUACAUGGAAUAUAGCAGAAAGAAGACAAAGUUCUGUUGAUGCAAUUUGCCAUUCAUUUUCUUCAAUUCCUUUAAAAGAUAGACCACAUAUAAUUGGAAUAUCAUUACAAGAACUUCCUCCUUCUGAUAGAACUUUUCAUUUAAAUAUUGUUAAACAAUUAACUUUAUUAUUUAAAAAUACACAUUUUAUGUUAUCAUGGGUAAGAAGAUGGAGUCAAAUUCAAAUAAUAAUGGUUAAAAAUAAUAUGAAAAAAUUUAUAGUAAGUUUUAAUUAUAAAUGGAUUCCUUGCAAAGUACUUUCAAAACCAAUUAGAACAAAAGGAUGUAUUGCAACAUUUGUUAAAAUAUUACAUCUAUCAUGUGUAUUUAUUUCAUGUCAUUUCUCACAUGAAAAUAUAAAAGAAAGAAAUAAAAAUUCUAAAAAGAUUUAUGAUUUAUUAGUAAAAGACAAUGAAUAUUCAAAAACAACUGAUUGUUAUUUUUUAUUUGGUGAUAUGAAUUAUCGUUUACAAAUAACAUGGGAUAAUGAUUUGUGUAAAAAAUUUCUUCAUUACUCAUUAUUAUCAACAGCAACCAAACAAAAAACAAUUGGAAAAAUGUUAGAGGAAUAUGAUGAAUUACUUAAAGAAAUUAAUAAAUGUGAAAUAUUUCAAGGAUUUAAAGAACCAAAAAUAAAUUUUCUUCCCUCCUAUAAAUAUAUUCCAUUUACUGAUAAAUUUAAUAUGAAUCGUGUUAUCGCCUACACUGAUCGUGUUUUAUAUAUGGAUAAAUGUAAAAAUUUGAUAACACCUUAUAGAUACGAUUCAUUGCAUGCUUGCAAAGUAUCAGAUCACAAACCUGUUUACGCCAUAUUUAUGCUCAAUCUUAAAAAUAGCCAAGCGACACAUUCUUAA